AUGGUGUUUGCACUGUUUAAGCGUCAAUUUUAUGCUGUCGCAUUAGACAUUUCAAAGUACCCUAACGUCAUCAUCACCGGCACACCUGGUGUCGGCAAAACCACAACAGCGCAAGAACUGGUUGAAAUCUCAAAGUCCUCUGACUCCCCGUCUUCCUCAAUCCCUUUGAAACAUCUCUCUGUCAACAGGAUUGCGAAAGAAGAAAAUUUCUACGAGUCCUACGACGAAGAACUACAAACCCAUGUUGUUGAUGAAGACAAGCUCCUCGACCAUAUUGAGAACCUCAUCGCCAACGGUGCAGGCGAAGGAGGCUGGAUUAUCGACUGGCACGUCUGCGACAUCUUUCCAGAAAGAUGGAUUGACCUAGUCGUUGUGCUGCGCUGCGAAGAUACAAAAACUUUCUAUGAGCGCCUGACUAGCGACAGGAAGGCUGAAGGAGGAGAGAAGAGAGGCUAUACUGGCCAGAAGCUGCAAGAGAAUAUCGAUGCAGAAAUCUUUGGGGUGAUUGCUGAAGAAGCAAAGGAGGCUUGGCCAAACGAGGGAGCAGUCGUGGAGUUGAUCAGCGAAGAGGCCGAGCAGAUCGAAGAGAAUGCGGAGAGAAUAUGGGAGUGGUGCAAGAUGUGGGUGAAAGACAACCCGCGGGAUGUAGAUGGAGAAGAAGGUUGA